CAAGCGGGUUCUCAUUCGGUUUUCUUUCCUCUCUGGCUAAGUAAAGCAUCUCAUCUCAGAUAAUAAAAACAGAAAAGAGAGAAAAAGCUAAUCAAAGCACCGAAAGAGAGAUCUAGGGUUUUGAAUCUACAGACGAAGAAGAAGAAGAAGAAGAAGAAGGAAAAUCCGUUGAAAAUGGCUUUGGAAUGGGUUGUGUUAGGCUACGCCGCGGCUGCAGAGGCUAUCAUGGUGCUCCUCCUGACGAUCCCGGGCCUCGAUGGUCUCCGCAAGGGUCUCGUCGCCGUGACCCGUAAUCUUCUCAAACCAUUCCUCUCGGUGGUUCCCUUUUGUCUCUUCUUACUCAUGGAUAUUUACUGGAAGUACGAGACUCGUCCGAGUUGCGAGGCCGAUUCCUGCACUCCAUCGGAGUUCCUCCGUCACCAGAAGUCAAUCAUGAAGAGUCAACGUAACGCUCUCUUGAUCGCCUCCGCCUUGAUCUUUUACUGGCUCCUCUACUCCGUUACUCACCUUGUCGUCCGGAUCGAGCAGCUCAAUCAGCGCAUUGAGCGGUUGAAGAGAGAUUGAGUUUGUGGUGAGAACUUAAACCGUUGAUUUUAAUGAGGGGUUUAUGAUUUUAUCUUGAUCUUGAUCGUAGGUUACUACGGGUUUUGGGUGGGUAAACUUGUGUUAGUAUUUUGUGCUUUUGAAUCGCUUUAAUGAUAAGUUGUUUUUCUGCGGAGAUUAGUAUUUUGUUGUACUGCAUUUGCUUCCUAAUCAUUUUGAAUUGAAUUUGAUAUAAGUCUCAUUUGAAAACUUGCUUUGGCAUUCCGAAAUGGGAUUUGGGUCUCGAUUUCGAUUUAUCCAAUGCAAGCAUUCAAGUGGGUUUUGCCUCUUGUAUUCUUUCGAAAUGAUUUGCUAUGUUAAUGGUAGGCAUGUGUGAAUUGGUUC